AUGUCCCAAGAGUCGUACAUCAGGGUCAAGUCCCAGGCGGUACGCGUGAACGCGGGGCAGUUCAUCAUGCGCAUCGCAUCGGAGCGCGGCGGGCCGCGGUACGCGGUGUCGCUGGCGGUGACACCCAGCCAAGUGCGGCUGGCGGAGGCCGACCGCGCCGCGCUGGCGCGUGUGCACGGCGACUGCUGCCCCGGGGCUGCUGUGUACGCCGGAGGGCCCUGCAAGGCCCUCGGGGACGCGCUCAAGGCCGCGUCGGCGCCCCUCGCGCCCGAGGCCGCCGCCGGCAGCCUAUGCCACGUCGACGCUUCCCUCUGCGACGCGGCCGGCCACCUGCUUGAGCUGGUGCUGCGCAACCCGACACCAGGCACCCCCGGCCUCCGCUGCCCCGGGCUGUCAGGGGGCUUUGCCGCGUUUCCCCUGCUGGAGCGGUUGACAAUGGACGGCAGCGAGCUCGGCGGCGACGCCGAGGCGGCCGCUCGCGCGCUCGCGCCGGCGCCGGCGCUGGAGUGGGUCGCGCUGCGGGGCGCGGGGCUUGGGGGGCGGCUAACGUGCGGGCUGCUGCUGCGGGGGGUCAGGGUGCUGGAUGUUUCCGACAACAAACUUGAGGGUCCUGUGCCCGGGUGCUUCUUUGACAACGCCCACCUGAUGCACCUCUAUGCAGCGAACAACCGCCUGGGCGGCGCCCUGCCAGCCAUCGGGGCGCAGACUGCGCUCUACUUUGUGUCGCUUGCCGGCCAGGCGCCGCCGGGCGUGGACGGUGCCGCUGGGUUCACGGCGCUGCCGCCCAACCUGGCCGCGGCCGCCAACAUGUCUUUCCUGGACGUGGCGCAGAGCCGCAUCGCGGGGCAGGUCGGCAGCCUCAACGACAACCUGCGGUUCCUGAACGUGUCGCACAACCAGCUGACCGGGCCGCUGCCAAAGCUUCCGGCGGCCCUGACUCAUUUCGACGCGUCCCUCAACAACUUCACGGGCGGCCUGCCAAGUGACCUGUCAAGCGCAGCGUCCCUGAUGGUCCUCAAUGUGUCCCAGAACCCCGCCCUCGGCCCGACCCGCCUCCCCUCCACCCUGCCCCCCGCCCUGCGCGCCCUGAGCGCCGCGCGGAUCGGUCUGGAGGGGCCGUUGGAGGCGACCGCGCUGCCCGACAGCCUGGCGCGGAUCGACCUGGCGGACAACCGCCUGGAGGGGAAGCUUCCUGGCUUGGCUGGGGCGGUGGACGUGAUCCUGCUGGAGGCG